UUGCAGCAGCCAAGGAAGAUGGAAGUAAGUAAUGACUUUAUAGAAUGGCUUGGUGCCGAUUUGUCCGUAAAAAUCCUCAUGUUCCUGGAGGACCCUUCUGAUCUUGUUCGUGUUAGUGCUGUCUCCAGUUCUUGGCGCCAAUUCAGGAAAAUAAAAGAGUUUGAGCACUUGUCUGUCAACUCUUCUCUCUGUGUGAUCAAAGUAAAGAAGUUUAUGUGCAGGGCGGCAAUCUGUGCCUUAUGGUGGGGGAAAAAUAAAAGAAUUUGAGGACUUGUCUGUCAACCUUUUCUGUGUUUGAUCAAACUAGAGAUAUUGAGGUGCUUCACAGCUGUCUGUACUUUUAUCUCUGUUUCUUUUAAGGGCUUUUAACCUUAUGCAGUGAUUGUGAAUGGAAUAUGCAAGCAACUCUGUUUAAAGAUGUUUCCUGAGAUGUCCACUGUUACUCAUGCUAUUGAAAUUAGCAACAUGAUAGAACCUGUGGAAUCCAGGACCAAUGAGCCUAUUGAAUGGGCAUGUCUGAAACGGGACCAUAAAGUAUAUGCAUUUUUGGCUCAAGGUCUUGCCUCCUUCCCAAGAAAAGAUUGCUUGUCUGAGGCACUUGGUGCUUCAAGCACUGACAAUUACCCAGAUGAAAGCAUUCAGAAUACCCUGGAACCAAGUGACAGGAUUGGUCAGAGAGCUUCUUACUGGUCGAGCAAGGGUGAAAUUGAUUCUGCAGUCCCUGAGACAUUAACGUAUAAAUUGAUGGCCAAACUCUGUGUGAUUACUGAAAUCCAUAUUCAACCAUUUCAAGUGUACUUUCAGUUUGGUUCCCCCAUAUAUUCAGCGAAGGCUGUAAGAUUUUUGAUGGGGCAUUCUAUUGCUGGUAUGGAAGCACAAAUGGAGGGAGAUGUGUCUUCAGCUGCACAAGAAUCUUCUCAUGAAAAAUUUGUGUGGACGUACGUUUCACCAGAAUUUCCGAUGGCUCAUGAGAAUUGUUUGCAAAAGUUCAAGCUACCAGAACCUGUUCUCUGCAUCGGAGGGAUUCUGCAAGUCCAGCUAUUGGGUAGAGUGCAGAAACAAGAAAUAGAUAGUUUGUAUUACAUAUGUGUUUCUCAUGUUGAAGUUGUUGGGCGACCAGCCACACCGGCAUUUGAUGUUGAGAUAUUGGAUCAAUCUGGAAAAUGCAUGUUGAGGCACAAUCCUGAACAGCAUCUUUGUUCAAACAACAGAUCUCCUCAGUGUGAGUCGAGCUGUCCUCCUCGCAUUCACAGGUUUGGUGCAAGUAUAAGAGGUUGGGAGCACAUGAUCCUCAACACAUUACUCGGUGCUAGAGGGAUUAUGGUAAAUGACUACGACUACGACGGCGAGGACGAUGAUUCAGAUGACCAGUAUAACUAAGUGCUUCUGCUUCUUGCUACGCUUUCUGGUUUUCUUUUGCUCUGUUCCUGCUGCCUUUCUGUAAGCUCUGAAGCACAAGAUAGAAUGUGUAACAUAGUCUCCUCCCGUAAGCUCUGAGGCACAAGGGAGAGUCCAGAGAAUUUACUUUGAAGAUUUGAGCUUCAUUCUGCCAUGAAGAAGACGAAAAGCUUGUUAUUGGAUCCACAUCAUGAACCAUCCAUCUGGUUAAAAACAAAUAAGAAAGCUGCAAAAUUUGCCUCCUC